AUGGCUGAGAAUACAACAAGUACUGCUUCUCACCCUACAGACGUCAACAAGAUACAGUCACUUCUCAAGGCCAAAGAUGAUACCCAAAGAUUUGUUGGACUGGCCCUUCUGAAAUCUCUUCUCGACAGCUCAGAGCAACUCCGCCAGGAUGAGAAAACGGUUCAAGGUCUAUGGUCCAGCCUCUCACCCAAGUUCCUCGACCGACUACUACGCACAGGCUCAAAGCCUUCAACCCAGAAUUCAAAAGAGAUGUUGGAUCUGGCUGUAUCUAUCUUGUACAUCUUCUCCAUUCUUCUUCCCGACCUGGCCAAGAGUGACGCCAAGUUCAUCGACAGAAUCCCCCUGCUUGUCAAUGCAGUUCUCUACAGCUCUGAAGAUACCACAAAGCUAAUACUUCAGCUGCUGCAUAUGCUAGCAAGCUCACAGCAAGGAGCACAAGAGUUUAUCAAGGUGAAAGACUUCAGCUCCCUUACAGAGAUCGCUCCUAGCCAUGCACAGGUUCUGGAUAUCUUUUGCUUUGCAUGGCUCAAUUCUAUGACAACCAUUGAACAUCCCUCUACGCUAGUGAGGCAGAUUGACGACACGAUUCAGAGUCUGGUCUCAUCAUUCACUGGAACUGAUGCUGUCACUCUUCUCGAGUUCCUUGGUUACGUUCUUCGGCAUGCCAACUCUUCAAUCCUUCCUCAGCAUCCCAGGUGGCUCAAGGUGGUCGUCAACUACAUUCGAAACCUCGUCACAAGUAGGCCAACACCUGAAGCCCGAGCGGCAUAUACAAACGCCACAGCCUCCAUACUCCAAGCUUUCCCGUCCGAGGCACCGAAGUUGGUGUUUAUCGACGACAAAAAGGAUGACAAGGCCUUCUCAUACCUACUCAUCAACCUUCUCCUCAUUGAUAUUCGCUCUUCGGCUCCCACUCUUCUAGAACAGUUAAAUAAGCCCGAAUACCCCAAAGUCUCAACACGCCUCACGUCUGCAUUCGACGUCAUCUCAAUCUUCAUUGGAUACCUCGUGCAGUGUUUGGAAGACGAGUCCAUGGAAACCUUCUUCAUGACCCCCGAGAACCUCCUUAAGCUCCGUAAGGGCAUUUCCGAGACAAUGUCUCUCACAGCCGAAUAUCUUCGCGAUCGAUGGGAUGCUUCUGUUGCUGGAGCCAUGGGACUACAUCCAGACGCUCGAACUGGCACGACAGACACAUCAACUGGUGUUCAUCACACACUCGCUUGGGACUCAAUGAGAGAUAAUGCUGACGAUGAUAUGUUCAUACUUUCAGCUGUGCGAGCGUUGGCGCUCUGGCUUCGAGAAGAGGAGAAUGAUAUCCUGCGAAAAGAGGCUACUGGUUUGAUGGAUAUGUUUAUGGAUCUUUACAAAUCCAGCUCUCAACAUAAACUGGACUUCCGAUCUCCUGUCCUCGUGGCCCUCGAGGGUGUGACUACGCUACCCCAAGGUCGCGAGCUGUUGCUCGCCAAUGAAGGGUGGACAAUUCUCGCUCACGAUCUGAAUACUACUCUGCAGCAUGCCUCACGGAUUUGCGGAGAGCAAGAGGCUGUUCGGGCUACAGAAAUUGUUCGCAUUCUACUUCCCAUAGUUGAACAAGAACCCAACGGUGUUCCUGAAGCUUGGAUGGAUCUCAUCACUUCAGUAGCAGCAUGGGAUAUCCCUGACUCAGAGUUAUCACCUCAGGUACAGGAGGCAGUAAUAUCCUCUUUGCAACUUUGCAGCUCGGUGCUUGGAGCGGCGAACCGGGGCAUGCGACAGAGAUACAAGCACUCUAUUGCUGCUAUCUUUGGUAUUGCGUCUCAACUUGCUAAGCAAGUCAAUCAUGAUAACCCUGAGAGGGAAACGUUAGAAGAUGUUCUCGCUACAUUGGGUUCGUUAACGCAGGAGUGA